AUGAUCUCAAAGUACCAGUUCAUGCAGCAAAACACCCAACGGCGAGCUGCAGGUCUCAAGGACAAGAUCCCCGACAUCCAAAAGACACUCGAGACAGUGCGCUUCCUGAAGUCGCGGAAAGACGACGCAGAGCCUCUCGAGACUACCUUCGAACUCAACGACACACUCUACGCCAAAGCGGAAGUUCCCCCUACCGACGAAGUCUACCUGUGGCUCGGCGCCAACGUUAUGCUCUCGUACUCUAUACCCGAAGCCGAAGAGCUGUUACAAUCGAAAUUGUCGACUGCGAAACAGAGUCUGGGCACUUGUGAGGAGGACUUGGACUUCCUACGUGAACAGAUCACAACACUCGAGGUCGCUUUCGCGCGGGUUUACAACUGGGAUGUUGCACAACGGAGGAAAGAGAGGGAGGGAGGCGAGUCGACAGAAGAGAAGAAGGGUGCAUCGUCAAAAGAGUGA